AAGAAGAAGAAGAAGAGACGGACCCACACUGUUAAAGCCGCCACGGGUGUUUAUUUAAUGACAAAUUAUACGUUUUGUUUGAGUUUUACUGUUGGACGUUUUAGGCCUUUAUACAUCGGUGGUUUUAGGCACUAGCGACCCGAAAAUGAAACUCGGGGAAUGAUGAUGAUUAUUGUUAUUGUUUUAAAUUGUCGGAACAUUUUCAUCAAAGCUGAAAGAUGAAGAGAAAUGAAUCAACCGAGUUUUCUUCUGAGCGGUUUGAAUAUUUACAGACUCUGGUGACUGAAUUUCAGGACACAGACAGUGAAGAGGCGAAGCAGCAGGUUCUGGCAAACCUCGCCAACUUUUCCUACGACCCAAAGAACACAGAGUACCUCCUGCAGCUGCAGGUGCCAGACCUUUUCCUGGACAUGUUGACUGAGGAGAACGAGGACUUUGUGGAGUUUGGGAUGGGGGGUCUGUGUAACCUCAGCAUGGACCCRGAAUGCAGAGACGUCAUCUUGCAGGGCGACGGCAUCGCCGCAGUGACCAACUGUCUGUCCAAUCGGAGGGAGGAGACGGUGCUGUCCGCCAUCACCACCCUCAUGAACCUCACCACGGCGGCYACGCGCUCUCGGACCACCGAGCCGGGCGUCCUGCAGUGCAUGCUGCGCUUCUCYCUCGCAGAGAGCCCACGCCUGCGCAACCUGGCCUCCGUCUUCCUGCAGGACUGCUGCAGCCAGGAGCAGGUGAGGCGGGCCGAGCGGCAGAUGCAGGGGCCGCAGGCGGCGGUCGGGAUCCCACUGCCCAGAGACUGACGACCCCAAAGGGGCGCUUCGUGACUCGCUUCACAGGUCAGGUCAGGUCUUCAGAGGCGGAGCCAGAAACAGAACUUUAAAGCUCCGGUGACUCAUCCUUUUAAAUACAAAAAGUCAAAGAAAACAUCUUGAUAAUUAACACAUUAUUUUACUCAUUUGGACACAUAACUGGUAUUUUUUAUUUUAAACUUGUCUCAGCAUACAGGAAACAGGAAGUGACAUCAAAGGGGAACUCUUUAAGAAAAC